CACGCGACGAACGUAAAACAAACUGGUGGCAUUCAGUCAAGAAGGCAGGUAACGCUCCGGAAGCGGGUGAGUUGCACAAGUCAGCUGGGCGCUCCAAAGCUUUCCAGAGCCGGGUAGUUUCAUGCUUCCUUGUUUUUCCUUUAAACCUGGCCCUGUGUCGCAGGAGUGCAGCAGGAGGGGGAUUUUUCGAAGUUGGGAAGUGGCAGGGGAGAAGAGAAGACGGGCUGUGCGGCCCCAGCAGCAAAAGGAAAGAAAAUUUCCAGCCUGGGCGCACCCUGCGUGACUUCGCCCGGGCCAAGAACUGCUUCGAAGUGCGUCGGCGUUGUGGAUGUCCCGGACUCGGCCCUGGUGCUCCGCGCUCGCCUCAUUCUGCACCUCUCUACCGCUGCAUCUGCCCUCCCAGUCCGAAGCUACCUGAGACUUGAAACGAUGCACUUCCAAGCAUAGUUGCUAAGGCCGGUCGCAUCCAGACCUUUCCCCUCCCUGGCUCUUUGGCUGCCUUCAACUUCAGCAAGAGGCCUCCUCCUCUAUUUCCUCAGCAAUUAAGUUUCCCCACCACCCGUCCAGCUGCUAUGCCUCGCUGUAGGGCACAAGGCACGUUCCCAGACCCGGCUCUCUCGGUUUCCACCCAUUUCGGCUCGCCGGGCGGGGGCGGGGCAUACAACCACGAAAAGCCAGAAGCUCUUGCAGGAAGAGGACGCCCACACCCGUUUGGCCCGAUGUCUGGCACCCGCCACCACCCGUUCUACAAGCAUCCGCUCAGGGUAACUCACCAGGUCUGUGACAAGCAGGGAACAAGGCAACGACGGUGCAGCCCGGCCCCGGCUGACGGACGCUGGCGACUCAGACAUGGACAGUAGCUGCCACAACGGGACUGCCAAAAUGUUAGCGACUGCUCCGGCCCGGGGCAACAUGAUGAGCACCUCCAAACCCUUGGCUUUCUCCAUCGAACGAAUCAUGGCGCGCACCCCCGAGCCCAGGGCCCUGCCCGUCCCCCACUUCUUGCAGGGAGCCGUGCCCAAGGGGGAUCCCAAGCACUCUCUGCAUCUUAACUCGUCGAUCCCCUGCAUGAUCCCCUUCGUACCUGUGGCUUACGACACGAGUCCCAAGGCAGGAAUGACGGGCUCGGAGCCACGGAAGGCGAAUCUGGAGGCUCCGGCGGCGCCAGCAGCGGCUCCCGCAGCGCCCGCGUUCAGCUGCAGCGACCUGCUCAACUGCGCUCUGAGUCUCAAGGGUGACCUGGCCCGCGACGCGCUGCCGCUGCAGCAGUACAAGCUGGUAAGGCCGCGCGUGGUCAACCAUUCUUCCUUUCAUGCCAUGGGAGCCCUGUGCUACCUGAAUCGAGGGGACAACCCGUGCCACCCGGCGGCCGGCGUUAACAUCCACCCGGUGGCCUCCUACUUUCUCAGUUCCCCUUUGCACCCGCAGCCAAAAACGUAUUUAGCAGAAAGGAAUAAACUGGUGGUCCCAGCGGUGGAGAAGUACCCCGCGGGAGUAGCUUUCAAAGACUUGUCUCAGGCUCAGCUGCAGCAUUAUAUGAAAGAAAGCGCCCAGCUUCUGUCGGAAAAAAUCGCGUUCAAAACCUCUGACUUCAGCCGAGGCUCUCCUAAUGCCAAGCCCAAAGUUUUCACUUGCGAAGUGUGUGGAAAGGUCUUCAACGCGCAUUAUAACUUAACCCGUCACAUGCCGGUGCACACGGGAGCCAGACCCUUCGUUUGCAAAGUGUGUGGAAAGGGUUUCCGGCAGGCCAGCACCCUGUGCAGGCACAAGAUCAUUCACACCCAGGAAAAACCUCACAAAUGUAACCAGUGUGGCAAAGCAUUUAAUAGAAGUUCCACGUUAAACACGCAUACCCGCAUUCACGCAGGCUACAAACCGUUUGUGUGUGAAUUCUGUGGCAAAGGAUUUCAUCAAAAAGGCAAUUACAAAAACCACAAGUUGACCCACAGCGGGGAGAAGCAGUUCAAGUGCAAUAUCUGCAACAAGGCUUUCCACCAGGUUUACAACCUCACCUUCCACAUGCACACCCACAACGACAAGAAGCCCUUCACCUGCCCCACGUGCGGCAAGGGCUUCUGCAGGAACUUUGACCUCAAGAAGCACGUCCGCAAGCUGCACGACAGCAGCCUGGGGCUGGCGCGCACACCUGCUGGGGAGCCGGGAGCCGACCCGCCGCCCCCUCUACAGCAGCCAGCGCCCGCGACGCUGCCUCCUCUGCCGCCGCCGCUGCCGCCCCCUGGGCCCCUGCAGACCGGGCUCCACCCGGGCCACCAGUGAUCAAGGCCAAAGUCCCCUCCCAGCCCCAGCCAGGGUCCCCACUACUGAGGCAGCGGCAGAAUAGAGCUGGACCUCCGGAUCCAAGCUCCUCUGCAAACCCAGGGCAUGUUGAGCCCCAUGAGUUAGCGACCAGACGCCUCUGCAUUCCCCGGCAUUUAGCCUCUUGCAUGCACCUGCUAAAUGGUUUUGUGUAUUAUAUUCUAUAUAGGCACUAACGAUUAUGAGAAAAUUUGGGGGUUUUGUUUGUUUUCUGACUUUUUUCUUAAUUUGGAAAAACUUUUUAUCGCGGGUGGAGAGAUGGUGUUUGUUUUGUUUUGUUUUUUAAAACAAAUUCUGCUGUAUUUAUUGAGAUCCUACCCGGGAAUGCUGCACCAUUUUAAUUUUAUUAUUGUAUAUAUUUCCAUUGUGUUGACUCUGCCGUCUCAAGAUGCCUGCCAAUUGUUGAUGAUCAUUUCCUCUUUCCCUGAGGUAGCAAAACACUGUGUGUAUGUUAUAUAUACACGCAUAGAUAUGUGUGUCUAUAAAGGCACAUUCCACAUUUGUGAGCACACGUAUGCACACAUACACGUUAGAUAAGGGUGGUUCAUUAUGAAUGAAUUUGAAUUUUGGUUUUGAUUCUUGCACGUGAAAAUUGAUUCAUCGACUGUUGGAAAUAAAUACUUGGAACAUGCUUAUUUAAU